AUGGCAAAUGACAGACCGUUAGCUGCGCAUGAAAUUUUAGAUGCUUUCGAAAAUGUUUCUGAUAAUGAAGAAGAUUAUAGAGAACGACUGAUAUGUAUUCUACCUCCUCCUGUUGAUCCUGACUGUCUCACUGACGAAGAUUCGGGUGAAGAAGAUAAUGUAACUUUGAAUAAUUUGCCACGAAACAUUCUGCUUCAACCGGCUGAAGUAAUGAUUCAAGGGCAGAUUAUGGUGAGUGAUACAGAAGAAGAACCUUCUGAUUCUACAGCUCGAACUAAACGUAGGCGUACCUACGCAUGGAGAAAACGGGACUUGGCAAAAAAUCCCGUGAAUUGGCCAGAUGUUCAAGGCGCUUGCCAAGAUAAGCGCCCAAUUGAGUGGUUUGAAAACUUCUUAGAUGAAGAUGUUAUUUCGUUGUUGGUGUCAGAGAGCAAUAAAAAUGCUGUCAAAAAGAAUUUGCCUGGAGACAUAACCACCGAAGAUAUGAAAUGUUUCAUCGGCAUAUUGUUGGUUAGUGGUUAUUCAUGGCUCCCCCGUAGAAGAAUGUAUUGGGAAAACUCCCCUGAUACAAAGAAUGAAUUGAUCAGCUCGGCUAUGACUAGGGAUAGAUUCGACUUUAUUUUUCGCCACCUUCAUGUCAAUGAUAAUCUGGAUUUGCAAGACAAAUACACAAAAGUACGCCCCCUAGUUACACUUCUAAAUAAAAAGUUCUUAGAGUUUUCUCCUCUUGAAGAGCAUUACAGUGUAGAUGAGGCCAUGAUCCCCUACUAUGGUAGACAUGGCUGCAAACAGCACAUAAAAGAAUUAAAUGAUGAAAAAAUAUUGGACGCCCUGCAAAACUCUGACAUGGACUAUGAUUCUGAUGUAUCUGAUAAUGACCCAAAUUAUCAGCCUCAGAAAGGCAAAGAUUUACUGUUGAGCGAUGGGUACCGGUAUCGUAAGGCGAGAACUAAUACCGAUGGCAGUGUAUCAUGGAGAUGCGCCGAGACACCUUGCCGAGGACGUGUCAAAGUGUCAUUGGAAAAUGUCGUGGUAAAUGUAACUCGACACAGUCAUGCUCCAGAUCCAGCUAAAAAUGAAGCAAAAAAAUCUGUGUCUAAUAUGAAAAGGCGAGCAGAGGACACCCUUGAGAAACCAAGGCAGUUGAUUCAAGGAUCGACAAGAGGGAUAAAUUUGGAAGCAUCAGUCCAUUUGCCAUCGUACAAUGCAUCUCAGAGAACUGUUGAGCGUAUUCGGCAAAGGCGUGAAGUGUCGUGCCCAAACCCAGGCUCUGUUGCCGAUAUUAAUAUUCCUGUUGCACUACAAGUCACUUCAAGAAAUCUAAAUUUCUUGUUAUGGGAUUCUGGACAGAAUGAUCUUCAUCGCAUCUUCAUGUUUGGUACUAAAGAAAAUUUGGAAGUUUUAGAGGAGCACCGGCACUGGCACGUAGAUGGAACCUUUAAAGUAGCCCCACAAUUAUUUUUACAAGUAUUUACCAUUCAUGCAUUGGUAGAUAACCGUUCUAUUCCGUUGAUUUACGUGCUUCUACAGGAUAAACGAGAAGAAACAUAUGUUCGAGUGUUUCAAAAAUUGAUGGAGUUGAAACCCACUUUAAAUCCAAUAAGCUGCUUAUCUGACUUCGAGAAAGCGAUCCAAAAUGCAGUUUGCCAGGUAUUUCAUGGUGUUCAGGUGAUGGGUUGUUUAUUCCACUUAGGGCAGUGUUUAUGGAGGAAAAUCCAAGAGCUACAUCUUGUAGAAGAAUAUCGCAAUGAGGAAAAUGUGAGAAUGCAUUUGAAAAUGUUACUAGCGUUAUCUUUUGUCCAAGAGGGCGACGUAAUCACUGCUUUUGAGGAGCUAACCGAAAGCUGUCCACGAGAAAUUGAUGCAGUCAUCGAAUACUGGGAAGAUACUUAUAUAGGACGGCAAAGAAGAAAUCGGAGAGCAGAUCCAAAAUUUCCUAUUCAUGUAUGGAAUGUUCAUGAUAGAGUGCACCAGGGCCUUCCGCGUACAAACAACUCUGUAGAAGGAUGGCAUCAUGCUUUCCAACACACCGUUGACUGUCACCAUCCAUUUAUUUUCAAAUUAAUAGACCACUUCAGGAAGGAACAAGACCGGGUAGAAAUAGAGUUGGAACGUUUUCGAGCCGGCUUCAGAAAUCCCGAAGCUUCCAAAAAGAAGUAUGUGCAACUUAAUCGUCGAUUGGAAACUCUUAUGGGAAAUUAUAACAACGACGACCUUUUACCGUAUCUCCGUGGAAUUUCCAACAAUCUGACAUUAUAA